AUGCUGUAUAAUUCUGACAGCUAUAGUAGCGCUCCGUAUGGCAACAGAGAGGCUGUGGACAGGGCGAAAGCAUUCAAGGAGCACUGCCUCAGGUGGAGCCAUACCAUACCACUGUGUGUCGCUAGCGACCUCAGUAAAGUGGAGUUGGACAGCGAGCCUAACCCAAACAUUCGGCGAGCAGUGACCAAGGUGAUUCGAAACAAGAAGAGUGACAAGGGGAACACGUCUGCGGAUGGGGGAGCAAAACGUCCAAGAGAAGAUGAAGACGAUGAGAGUGGAGGUGACGAAGGACCGGCUAAGCGGUCGCGUACAGAUAGCGGCACCAGCUUAGGGCAAGGUGAAGGAGAGGUCGACGGAGGGAGAGGGGCACAAGUGGGUGGGGGGGGCAGCGGAGGUGAAGGGGGAGAUGUGGGCGGCGGCGGGGACGAACAAGUAGAUGAGGAUGGAUCUGGUGACAAAGGCGACGAGGAAAUGUCAAGGCUAUGGGACAUACUGGACCCAAAAGCAAUAGAACUAGCCACGUCUAUGAUGGCGGCGACUCAUGGGCCAAUACGGAACUCACCAAGGUCAACUACAGAUACAGAGAUCUGGGGAGAGCUUGGGGGGGUGUACAGGACGAACGACAUUUCAAUGGUGUUGAACGUCAGGCGCGGGCUAGAGGGGCAGGUGAUGAAAGACGCUGCGACGGUGUUGAUCGAGCGGGGGCACCUCUUAUUGGUGGACUACACCGCAUGGUCAUGGUUGGAGAGGACCCUCCAUGACGCUUUCAGCAGCUACGUGGGGGGUGAUAGGUCGCAUUGGCUCUACCCCUUGUUCCAGAGGGUGGGGUCAUACAUGGCGGUACGAGUUAACGCCCUUACUCUGAAGGCCAGCGACUACUUCCCAGGGGCAGGUGAAAGUACGACACAACUGCCACCUCUCAAGACACUGGAUAAAGCAGAGGAGACAUUCGAUAACCUCAGAGCCAUCAUUGAACCGGUGAUGUUGAGCUGGCUGGAUUACCCGGCCAAACCGGUAGACAAGGCGAGGGGGUGGCUGCUGCGGGUGCUCGUUCACUAUCUGGGUCCUGUGGCUCUUUAUCUCCCACAAACGUGGAAUGUAUGGCAGCAGAUGGCAACGGUGAUCGAUCCGGGUGGUCGGAAACCUAGUGAGCGGAAAGGGAAGGCGUGGAAGGAAGCUGUACGGACCUACAUGGGGAGGGCGGAUUUGGAUAGGACAAGGGAGGCCACGAGAAUGUUUGAGGAGCGUCUAUUCGAGGUUUCAGGAAUGAAUGCAAAUGAACUUCGGAUCGUGGUAUCAUCAAGCCUGGCAGCACCAUUGGACCUCGAGGUCGAGGAGUUUGGGGACGAGCCAAGGGUGCUUGUGGGAGUUGCUUCGGCCAUUCCUGGGGUGCAAGGAGAAGUGGGCGGAUGGGAAAUUUGUGAUGGAGGUUUGUCGGUGUUCGACCGGGUUGCGCUGGACCAGUUUUUCGAUCAAAUCCGACUUCUGUACCCACUGCUGGAGAACCCUAACGAGGCGCCAGCGAAACCGGGCCCAAAGGAAGGGAAGGUAGCGAGAAGAACCUUCAAGUUCCUAAAGAACGUGUACGACAGCAGGGACAAGAAGUUACCAUUCCGCGAUCUGGCGCCAUCCAGAGCCACGAUACUGCGGGAGAGCGGCCCCUUCUCUGAUUCAAACCUUAGGACAAGGGCCGGGUUCUUUAGCGCAUUGGUAUACCGAGGAGCGACGCACAACACCCCGUUUCUGGUAGAACGUAGGCGACAUUUCUUCCUGAACCUCGACGACUUCCAACAAGCCGUGAAGGAUUGCGGGGAGCAAGACGAUACUUUUUUCGUCAACAAGAACGCGUACGGUGUUUGCACUAACCGAAGCCUCGACCACGUCCCUUCGUACUGGGAGGCGUCUGGGAAGAGAGUGUACCUGGACUGGCUGGAGGGGAAGGUAUCAGCGCCGUCAUUCGUGGCCUUAUUCGAAAUGUUCCUCCAAGACCCGGAACUGCGAGGCUUUGGGGGACUCACCUCCUAUCUACUGGCGUCAGACUAUGCUAUAGCUGGGUGCGUCGACAUGCCCUCCGAGGCAGAUAUGGCAGAAGUCAUUGUGCGGUUGAGCGCGGGCGGAUUGGGGGGACUGGCGAAGCUGAUGGGGAAGACCCGAGAGGAGUUGAAAAAGGACGCCAAAGCAGUUCUACAAGCGUUCUCAAGUCUUCACAACGUGGUUAGGGAGAGGAUAGAGGCGGGGAUACUAGAAAAGAUGGGCUUCAGGCCUGUUCGUGCUAGAGCACAUGCUCUGCAAAUUCCUUCGCUUACCGCAAAAGCGCAGAUGGAACAGGUGUUGGGUUAUCAGGGAGUUGCCGAAGACUCGGGAGUUGCCGGCAGGAUUAAGUCGAUCCCCCAGGGUACAACGCGGUCAACAAUUUACCCUGACAUGUGCGUAGGAGAAGAAUGGUGGAGCGUCCAGGUGGACUGGAAGGAGCCUCUGGGGGAUCACAACGAAAACUUAAUAGAGAAUGGCCUCCUGAAGAGACACAUCGAGGACUACCAUUGGGUGUGGUCAUUGGAUGAUGGAGAGGAGGCGCCCCACGCGAGGAGAGCCUUGACAGAAACGUUGAGCUACGUGGAACAAGGCGAAGAGGUGGAGGCGUUGAAGACGAUGUUGCUAGAGAGGGACGAUCAUUCGAGGAAUGGGGCGGAAGAUCCAAGGUUUUUGGCAGCAGUUCAGGACAGAUUCGCUAGGAGGAUAAUGAAUGUGUUAAGAAAAGCAGGAAUGUUCAAUCACCCUGAUUGGGAAGGGAAGCCAGAGCUGGACUACGAGUGUCGCCCCUUCUUUGCGCUGGAUGUUUUCGUGGACAGCGAAGAGUUGUUUGAAGCCUUUUUGGCACGGAACUGGUAG